AUGUUUCCACCGAUCAAUGCUCAUCCGAGGCCUCCGUCAGAAGAUUUACAUGGUGUUAGCAGCGGUGGGGUAACAGACAUUCAUUCGGCUUCAAAACAGCAACAAAUUCGACGACAGCAGCUGACAACGGAUCAGCAGCGACGAAGUCCAGUGCGAAGUAAUUCGUUGCUGAUAACAACAGCAAAAGCAACAAAUAGAUAUGUUACGACAGCAACUGCUGUUGCUGUUUCAAUGUCUUCAUCUCUUGUUCGAUCAUUAACAUUUUUCAUUUAUCGCUCAAGUGAUUAUUCCUGGAAUGAUCAUUCGAAUAAUGCAAAUGUUUCUAAUCAACCAUUACGUGCUGCUAGUCCAAUAAAAGCAAAAUUCUCAACAUCGGCUCGUCAAUUAGCUAAUGGAAUUUUACAUGAAGCGACAAAUAAUUCAAAUGCUCAUCCUUCAACAUCAACAUCACCAACAGGUCAUCAACAAAAUAUAAAAGAUGAUAUAAAUAAUGGAGAUUUACAUUUAUCAUCUGCAACAAAAUCUCUUCGUACAACACGACUUCAACGUACAAAUAGCCAUUUAGAUAAAGCUCCGGGACUAAAUGGUUAUGGUUUACCUAUGCGAAGUGAAAGUUAUCGUUCAUCUCGUCUUGAUUAUGGUAUACGUUCACGUCAUACAUCAUCAAAACAACGAACUUAUGUUAAUUCUAAAACUUCAUUUCAUGAUGCAAAUGGUGGAGAUAUUCAUUUAAAUGGUGCACCAGAUGAAAAUACAUAUUAUCAACAACAACAACAACAACAACAAAUGAAUAUGAUGAGUAGUACACAGCGUAUAAAUGGUUCAACAUUUGAUUUAACUGCUAAUCGUAAACUACUUUCACCAAAUAAGUCCAAUACAUUUAAUUAUCCCGCUAAUGGAACAGGUCAUCAUAAUUAUUAUAAUUCAGCACAAGAACUUCAUCGUAGUGAAACAAACAUUGAUCGAAAUAAUUUAACACGAUUUGCUGCACGUGGUACAGCAUCAAAAGAACAACUUAUAACAGCACAAAAAUUUCGACAAACAUCAAGUAUAUUAACAGCAACAACACCAGCAGCAGGAACAACAACAACAACAUCAAAUACUCCAGCUUUUAUACAACCAGGUGAAAGACAUCCAUCGGCUCAAUCAUAUAAAUCUCGUGAUCCAAAUAUGUCCUACGCAUAUACAGAUGUAAAAAAAUAUAUUGAAGAAAAUGAUUUAAUGUCACCAGAAAAAGAACAAAUUAUACGAAACUGGAUUGUUGAUGUUGAAAAACAUCGACAUCAAUUACAAAAAAUAGACUGA